AUGGCUCAAGAAACAGAGGAGGGCAAUGCUGUCUCAUCGCCAUCACCACCAUCACCAUCGCCGCCGCCGCCGCCACUACCCCCUCGCCGAAAGAUAUCGGGCGAAGCACCACUGCAAGUAGGAGGACAGUUACAGUCAAAGCCGACGACGGCGGUCUCGUCAAUCGACAUCUCAACCCUCUCUUUCCCAGAUGGAACCAGGGGAACAUUCCCAACGCCUUCGGUGGGAAGCGGGCCUUCACCACUAAACAGCGGAUAUGGAACCCCGUCGCGAGAUUCAUCAGGCGACAAUCUCACCGAUUCCAUGAGUGUCAUGAGCCUCGCGCCCACAGUUCGUGCCCCUGGCGAUCUUGCCAGCCUCGUAGCCGGCGAGUUUAACAGGAAGAGCCGCGCUUGGAACCUUUUGCGAUCUCAGUCAGAAACUGUCCAGCCCUUCGAAGCCAUUGAGUCUGGUGACUCUGGUGAACUGUCUGGAUUCGAGAAUGAGUUUGACAACAUCCCAGAAAACUUGACCGACGACGUGAGGCUGUCCAUGUGGCAGUCCAAGAUGAAGCACUAUCUGAUUCUGUCGUCUGCCGGAAAACCAAUAUGGAGUCGACACGGUGAUUUAAGUCUGAUCAACUCAUCCAUGGGCGUCAUACAGACCAUUAUAUCGUUUUACGAAGGAGUCAAAGAUCCGCUCAUGGGCUUUACCGCUGGCAAGGCACGCUUUGUCGUUUUGACUGCUGGGCCACUCUACUUUGUGGCCAUCAGCAAACUUGGAGAAAGCGAUUCUCAGCUGCGAGGCCAGCUCGAGGCCCUGUACAUGCAAAUUCUUUCAACCUUGACUCUUCCCACCCUCAAAAACAUAUUUGUCCACCGUCCCUCCACCGAUCUGAGAAAGCCUCUGGAGGGAACGGAAACGCUAUUAUCCUCACUCGCCGAUAGCUUCACCAAAGGCUCCCCCGCCGCUCUUCUCGGGGCACUGGAAUGCCUCAAGCUCCGGAAAUCCCAACGCCACGCCAUCAACAAUAUCUUUCUCAAGAACCGCGCCGAAAAGCUCUUAUAUGGUCUCAUAGUCGCAGGCGGAAAACUCGUCUCGGUCAUCCGCCCACGAAAGCACUCCCUCCACCCCAGCGACCUCCAACUGAUCUUCAACAUGCUCUUCGAAUCAGGCAGCAUCAAAUCCGGCGGCGGCGAAUCCUGGAUCCCCAUCUGUCUCCCUGCGUUCAACAACAGCGGCUACCUCUACAUGUACGUCUCCUUCUUCGACGAAGACGGCAAUGAAACCCAGCCAAAGCCAUCAUCAACAACAAAGCCUACCUCCAGCAGCACCCCGACAAUACCAGAGGAAGGCUCUCCACCACCACAGCCACCACCGCCCCCUCCCCCGCAGCCAGAAUCCCCCCAGGAGAUCGCCCUCAUCCUCAUCUCCCCGGACAGGGAAUCCUUCUUCCCCUUCUCCUCCCUCCGUACCUCACUAUACAACUCCCUCACCAAAUCCACCCACCUCUCCCUCAUCCGAUCAUCCCUCGCCAGCCCACGACCAUCCAUAUCCUCCAUCCUCCCCGGCAGCAACUCCCCACCGAUAUCCCACUUCAUCUACAAAUCCCGCCCCAACGUCCAGUUCGUCAUGAGCUCGCUCCACCCGUUGUUCACAUCCCCGAUGGCAAGACGCAAACUCAUGUCCCAGUACCAAACACUGCACGCGGCUAUGCACGCGAAACACUCCCACCUCAAGGUCAUUUAUUCUGUGGGCGGGGACUGCGCCAGUUUGGGGUGGGUGACGCCCUUGUUUGAGUUUUACUGCGUCGCGGGGCCGAAUGUGAGCAGGCAAGCGAUGACGGAGGCGGCGAAUCGGGUGGUCAAGUGGGUUGGGAGGGAGGAGGCGAGGGUUUUUAUUAUUGGGGGUGGGGUAUUUUAG